CUAUCACAUCGGUUCCGGGCUCAACGGAACGACCAAUAGCAGCCGGGCCGGACAGCGACCAAUCAGCGCGGUUCUUAAACAUCUCUGGUGCUUGUACUUCAAUAUGGCGAACCACGACAAAGGACGCAGAAAGUGGGGAGGAAUUUCACAAGAUAUCCGAACAGAUUCGAAAUUUGAUAUCAGCAGAUCAGCAGGAAUGCGGGGCGGAGGAAACAGAGCUCCACCUCAGGCCAUUUACAGACCAGGAAGUGGGCCUCUUCGUAAAUCAGGUCGUUCGAACGAGGACUUUGAUAAUGAGAACAAUGCGCAAGAUAGGCCAAAACCAAGCUCCAUCCAGUAUCGUUUAAAGCAGUCGCAAUUUAACAGUCCCAAUCAGAUACAGAACAGUCCACCAUCAUCCCAAAUUGACGACAUAACCACAAAAUUGAAUGACGUGCAUGUGAACUACAGAAACAAUAGCAAUAACGAUCAAACACAAGGGUCCUCUAAGAAUAAUCAGAUGGGUGGCGAUUCCAGAAAGAAAAAUAAAAAGCCAGAGCAACAACUAUACGUGCCAAAGAAAGUUAAAGAGGCUUUAGCUGGGCGCGACGUGUCCAACAGAUCUCCAACACAUGGUACCUGGGAUCGUGACAGAGACGACAAAGAUUGGGACACCCAGUCAAAUCGUAGUCAUCGCAGUGAGAGUCAUCGACAUCAUCGUUCUGGUGGUCAUAGCGGAAGUCACAGUGAAGCAGCAAGUCGCAGAGACGAUCAUGGAAAACGUUACUCGGGUAAUAGACGCAAUCGUAACGCCAGUGAGAACGACGAACGCUGGAGAUCAGAUUCACCAUCCGCGGCAAGGAAUUUUGGAAAUCGCCGAGACAAUCCUCGUGAAGUCAGACAGGGUUCAGAGCCGCUCUUUGAGACACCGCUAAAUACCAAUGAUCCAAAUCGUAAACGGGAUACGCGUAGUGUCGAACCUACCGGACAUCCUGAUAAAUUUCAGGGUAAACCACCUUCUGGUAGAAGAGGCAGUGUUAAAGAAGGUUGUACAACUAACAGCAUGAAACACCUGGAUCUCCUUCCUCUACGACUGCGAAAGAAAUUUAUUGAAGAUGGUACUGGGUCUAUAGGAAUCACUGCUAUAGGAACUUCCUCUGAAGACACCUGGGACGGUAGUACAGUGACUUUUCAGGGUUCUUCGGCUUAUCACUAUCCACCUGCUAUGCAGCAUUCGCAGACUAUGCAGAAUUUACCACCCACCGGUCCCCUGCCUCCUCAACAAUGCUGGUCGAAUACUGUACCAGCACGAAGUAGAGGUCGAGGAAGACUUAGGCCUGAAGAAAUUGAAUCCCCAGCACCAAUCUUUAGGCCUGUCACACCGGAUCAGUAUUCGGCACCAAGUACACGUUCGCAUACUCCAAGUCAGGACUAUAUGAAUAGAUCGUAUGAUCGUCGCGGGAGUAGCAGCACUAUGUAUACUAGCAUGGAAAGUCUUAGUCGUGCCGAUAGUAUACUUAUGCCACCACCACCAGCAGUGUCACCCUCGACGACUGUAACUAAUUCAAAUAGAUGUCAGCCAUCGCCGGAUAAUCAUCAAGAAGGCGUAUCCUUGCCUUCUGCAUCUCAACAACAAACUUAUCAAACACAACGCGUUAACAAUAAUUCCUACGAUGCCAUUUCUACAACAGAAAAAUCAAACAACCAGCAGACUUUAAAUCUUAGUCCAACCAAAAGUGAACCUUUUAGUCCUAUACCGAAUUUGUCUUCUGAGCAGCCAUUGGAUUGGUGCGAGGAGGUAGAAUUGAAUGAAAAAUUAGAGGCUGAACAUAUGAGUCGUAGUUCAUCCAUGAUGAGUCUGCGCGAGAAUGCAAGUGUUUCCGGAAAUCAGCCGCCAAUAGGAGGAAGUGUCGGACGUCAAAGUAAUAGAAAAAAGAAACGAAACAGAAGAUAUGGUGGCGAUCGAAGCAAUAGCAGGGAUAAGGUCAGGGAGAACAGUUGUGAGCGACAGAACAAUCAACACAAUCGAGAGAACGAUAACUAUAACAACAACCAGAAAAAUACAAAUAGCAACAGAAGAUACGACAGGAGACACCGUAACAUCAUUCAUCGUAGUCGAGAAUCCAGUAAAGACAGAAAUUAUCGUACUGGAUAUCGGAAUACCGAUGAUUUUCAUAGAAACAGGGUGACAGAUCAUACAGAGGAAAAUUGGAGAAGUGGUAGAAAGACUUCCAUUUGUGAGUCUGAAGAUGGUAGACGAACACCUUGCCAACCAAUAAACACUGUUCAUCCAUCGAACACUGUUAAUCAACCGAAUACCAGUACAAAUUUGGCCACUAAACAGACAUCUCCUACAAGUUGCAGCAAUGCUCAACCAGGUGUUCUUGUUUUACCGGAAAACUCCAGCCACUCGCCACCUAGUGUGACGCCACCUAGGCAACUAACUGCUUCACAACAGCAAAGGACAUUGUUCGACCCUAACAAUCCUAAUAAGCCAAUUAUAGUGACUUCAACAGGAAACAGAGCAUCCGUGCAGCAUAGAGAAAAUGAGGUUCCGGCUCAAGUAUCCAGUGUUCCUAUAUUUCCAUCACAUUCUGGGAUUACUUCGAACAAUCAUAACUUUCAGCUACCCCAGUUGGACACUGCACCUCCACCUUACAAUCCUGAUCAGUUUGGUAACAUGAGACCAUCCUGGUACGAUGUCUCUUCGGAGAGCUUCCGAGCUGCUAGAAACAAUCGUAUACUCGUGGACAUAGAACACGCCGAUUUGGAGUUACAAUGGAUAUUUACUUCAGGCAAAUUUAUGACACAGUGGGAGAGCGUUUGCAAGAAUAGAAACUGCCUUCAGAAUAGUCUAAGGUCUCUCCUUGAGACGGAUAUAAAGUUCUGCGAGGCGGAGAACGUUGAACAGCACAUCUGGAAGAUUCUUUUCUAUAAUAUAAUCGAGUUGCUGCGCAAGGGUAUGCCAAAGGAGAAUUCAGUCGAACGAGAUUGCUACAAGAAGAUCAUGCUGGGUGUCAUUGACGAGGGUACAGCCUACCUGGAGAGUUUGCUGAUAGUCCUCGAGAACACGUACAAAAUCAAACUAGAUACUUACUUGGGAUCUUCAGCACCGACUAAGGGUCUUGGUAUUCGCGGAUUGGCCCUGAUAAGCGCUCACAAGAUAUUUUUAUUUCUUGGCGAUUUGGCCAGGUACAAGGAACAAGCGAAUGAGACGAACAACUACGGAAAGUCCAGACAAUGGUAUCUCAAGGCUCAACAAAUCAAUCCCAAGAACGGGCGACCUUAUAAUCAAUUGGCAUUGCUCGCCCAUUACGCUAAACGAAAAUUGGACGCGGUGUACUAUUACAUGCGGUCCCUAAUGGCGUCGAAUCCAUUUCGUUCAGCCCGUGAGAGUCUAAUAGCGCUUUUUGAUGAGAACCGCAAGAAGUAUCUACACUAUUACGAAUCGACGGAACGUAAACGGAAGGAAGAAAGAGAAUGGAAGGAAAGGGCCAGGAUGAAGGAAAAGGAAGGUGCCAGUUCUUCAGGUGGUGGUCUUCGUAGGGAGACCUGGAUUCAUCCAGGUGGAAGACGUGUAAGGCGUACAACCUCAGCAGCCACAGCUAACGAGGCCAGACUGGCUCAAAGCGACCUUGAGGAAUUUGCGGAGCUUACCAGUGUCGAGGUGAACAAGCGCUUCAUAACAUCCUACCUCCACGUUCAUGGAAAGCUGUUCACCAAGAUAGGAAUGGAAACCUUUCAGGAAGCCGGGAUACAGAUGCUGAAAGAAUUUCGCGCCCUUCUGCAACACUCCCCGCUUCCGCUUCAGGGUACCAGACUUCUUCAGCUACUGGCGCUCAAUAUGUUCGCCAUAGACUCGACUCAGCUUAAGGAUUCUCAGCUGGAGCAGGGUUACAGAUCAGAGGUCCAGGAGAGGGCGCUGGUGGUGUCUCUGCAGAUGUUCAACCUGAUCCUGGAGAGAGUGGUAUCCUUGCUGAAGAGUCAAUUGGACAACGACGAAAAACCGAAUCUGAUAGUAGGCGAGGACAUGCAGGUCCUGUUGCCGUCUAUUAAGAUUUGGUGCGACUGGAUGCUGUGUAACAGUACCAUAUGGAAUCCACCACCUUCCUGCACGGAUUAUAGAGUGGGGCCACCGGGUGACGCGUGGAGUCGUCUGGCGACGACGGUCAAUCUCCUGGAGAAGCUGCCUUAUCCAAGGAACGUCCUGGUCACCCCUAAGAACGACAAGGACAUAUCAGACGAUUUGGAAUUACUCAGACUGCCCGAGGACACGACCCUCUCUGGAUUCACACCCCUCAUGUCCAAUCUUCAGGAUCCUGUAUAUUACAGAAAAAAUGAGGAUCUUGAGCUGGCGCAGGUCUGUCUCAGGAUCAACAAGAUACUCUUCUUCGGUCAGGUCUUCCUCUGCGGUCUCGAGACUCCGGUGCUGAAGUUGCAGAAGAGCGAGACUGGCGUAAGCGAGUACGUCUCGGUGGUGGAGGCAUCUAGCGCCAGUUCGCCAAGUUCACCGCCGGAACAGAGCGACUCCGAGCUUCUGGUCGAAAGUUACAGCGAGGACGAGGACGAGUCCUCGAACAACCUCAGACGAAGAUCAUCGUCCACCUUGGUCAGGAAUGAGGUCACCGAGGAAUCCUCGCUGACCCCAUCGACCCCGGGUGACAUACGCUCGCUACUCGAACGGAAGGAGGAGCUGGAAAGGUGUCAGAGGAAGCAGGAUCAUCAUCGUCAGCGAGUUCAGGCUAUCCUACAGAAAUCCUCGGUGUCAGUCGAGAUCGAAGUCAGACCACGGCAACUGGUACCGGAUACCAACUGUUUCAUCGACUACCUGCCACAACUGCAGUUGAUCGCUAAGGCCACUUCCGGUGCACAGCCAAUAUAUACGCUGAUGGUACCCCUGGUUGUGCUGAACGAGCUGGAGGGUCUUGCGCGAGGUGGUGGUAGCAGGGACUGUCCACGUGCCUCAUCCAGGUCCACCCUGGACCCGGAACACGUUGCAAGAGUCGCUGACAACGCGAGGAACGCCCUGGCCUUUGCCAGAAGUAGAAAUCCAGCAGUGAGAUGUCUGACAACCAGAGGAACUGUGUUGACCUCGAGCACCUUCACUGUCGAGGAAGACGUGGACCAGGAUGGACUUACGAGGAAUGACGACAGGAUCCUGGCUACUUGUUUGAGUCUCUGUCGAGCUGGUAGCUGCAAGGAUCAAGCAACUGCAGAAGAGGGUCAACCUAAACGUCUACGUCGGGAGGUGGUGCUGCUCACUGAGGAUCGUAAUCUAAGGGUGAAGGCUCUGGCAAGGGAUGUACCAGUGAGGGAGGUGCCGGACUUUAUGCAGUGGGCAGGUCUCGGAUGAGUCUCGUUAUUAGCAAAUCUCACGUCACGCAACAAAAAAAUCUAACCAAUCACCGUGCGCCACGUCAUCGCCUCACCGGAAGUGAGAGACUCGUCAUUCGCGAAUCUUCAUCGUUCUCAUAAUGUAAGUCCUACGUACGAUGCAUUAGAGUUGAGAGAUGAAUCAAGUACAAGUCUGCGUGCAGGGAAGGGUAGGGGCUACGUACUGAAUUACGAAGGAGGGUAGAAGGAGGAGAAAAUUAAAUAAUGAUAAUGACAAUGUUCGAAAGAAAUAUGAUGGUUAAAUUAACGUGCGAGACUGAGUGCGCACGUGCAUCUAUCUGUUUUACUUCAUUUCUCUGAUAAUUUCUUGUCUUGUUUUUUCUUUUUUUUUUUCCUCGAAUCGUUCAGCUAAUCCAGCCCCUUUUAAAUCGACGAAAUGCUCGGAAGCAGAAACACACGGCAAGGAAAUGAAAGGAGGAAGUGUAAGGGUCACGUGCGGACCGGAAGCUGAGUAUAGUAAGCGGAUUAUGCGCGAUCGGACGGAUGAAAGAAAAAAUAAGUAACAGUUUAAGAGAAGAAACGGAGAAUUCAGUGAAACUGCGGACUCGAGGUGAAUUCGCGCAGUGAAUUUUCAUUUUCUUUUCCUUUCCUUAAUUUUUCAUUAUUUUUCUUUUUUUUCCCUCGCUUUUUGAUUUUCUUACGUUGCUUUUAUGACGAGUGGGUCAUUCUAUUGUGACCGGAUUGUAUUCUUUAAUCGUGUUUAAAUAAUAUAUUUGUAACAUUUUCAUUUGUAUAUUAUCCUUUUUAAAUGGUACUGUCUUAGAAAAAGCGUCGCGACGCUGCCACUUAUACUAAUUGUUUUUUUUUUUUAAUUAGCUACUAUGUAAAACUGACUUUAUUUCAUUAAGUAGACUUAUCGUUACUUGUUCCUGCAAGAGAAAGAGAAUGAUCUCUUUUCCAAUAUUCUUUAUUUUCUUCUACAACGAAAUUAUUCCCAUUCACGAUUAUCCCCACUACACUGCCAUGGGGAUUGUUACGUGUCGUCCAUGUAUCUUUGUACCAAACCACCUGUCAUAAACAUGAAUGCUUAUAAAUACACGUUAUCGCAAUGAACGACUGAACCCAAGUGUUCGAGAACAAGGCUAAACAACCAUAAAAGCUUAUGUCUAAAUAAUUCACCCACUGUCCGAGGUACGUUAAUCAUUGAAACACCGAUCACGUGGUGCACGUUAAUGCGUAUGCCCUCGCUCGUUAAGACAUCCAAACAAUAUCACAGCCUGGUAGGUUUGAUACGUCGAUUAAAAGACAAUGGGAAAUUCGUGCGAUAGCACCGUACCAAGAGCACGACUCAAUUAACGAAUUCUACUUGGAAGUGCGUCACUUUCUCACGUUUGAAUCUCGUGCAACGUAUCUCAAUUGGCGUACCGCCCGGGCGGCCAUUGUUGUCCCACGUGACUCACCGCGCAUGCGCAAUGCGUGUCGUCAAACAAGACGGACAACACAACCAACGCUACAGUCCCACUCGGCAUUUAGUACAAGUGAAGAUAGUAAGAAAAUGUCCGUUUCCAAUCGUCCCCAUCAAAUCGUCUCACCCAUUGAAUACGGAGUUCUCGUUCCAUCGUUUGAUAACGCGAAUACUCCUCACAAGUGGCUAUCGUCGUCAUCGCAAUGGCUUAUCACUGUCCCGACUAUCAAUAUCCUUCCAGUUUAUUCAACACUAUGUAACUCGGUGGUAAGGCCUGAGCAACGAUAGCCACGCUAAUAAGAGUACCGGUUGAGAUAGUGAUAAGUGCGAGUAGUAACGACAGGCAUAAAAGGCCGAUACAGAAGAGAAAAGGGAGUAGUAAGUAGUAACAGUAGCGAUAAACGCUCCUGACAGAGAGCAGGUCGACGCAUAGAGGUACGACACUUAAUAUUUUUCUUAACGCCCACGACGACUAUUCACUAUUUUACGCACUCUCAGAUUUUAGAUAUGAAAUUCUCAUACCGCAUGACUCCACGUUCCUUAUCAUCUUUUCUCUGUACGAUUUUCAUUUUUUUUAACUCACCCUCCCCCAUCGCGCAUACGUGUCCUCGUACGUGCACGCGUGAUAACAGGAGCAGCGACUGGGAAGUUGGAUCGAAUUUUUUUUCUAUUGUAAAUUCACCGAUGGCGACUAUACAUGUGUAUCGGUCUUAUUUUUAUUGACAUUUAAGGCACGAUGAUUCUCAGCGAGAUUACGGAAUGUCGUGACGAUAACUUUUAGUGGUUACGGUUGUAGGUUAUGUUGCUAGAUAUAAUAACGUCGACGUCGAGUCGAUGUCCUGUAUGAUAAAAAGAAAUUAAAAAAACAAAUAGGAUAACAAACAUUCCGCAAGACUCGGUGCGCGCGCACCUUUGCCUUUCGGUCCCCUCGUGCGCAUGUACCGUCUUACGUACUUGAUCCCCCCCCCCAUUUUUCAUUUCUUUUAACACUUUUUUUUGCACCAUUACUUUUCUCUCUCUUCUCAAUUACGUUCUUUGCCUCGACAGAAAUUAGCUACUUAAUUGUAUAUGCUAUAACGGUUGAGCUAUAGCGUAACUACGAUACAUCGCGUCUACUGCGUGCGUGUAGUGUGUGUGUGUGCGCACAUGUUACCGAGUGAAAAAGGAGAGUGAAAGAAAGUCCCGAGAUUGCAGCGUGAAACGUGAGAGUGGAAAAAGAUUGCGUAAUUUCAUAUCGGCACACAAUGACGUUUGUAUACGAAUUUUUUUGUCGCGUACAUAACCCAUACCAAUUUUGAAACCAAAAAAAAAUUUUCGGGUAAUAAAAAUUUUUUUUGGUCACGUUCCAGAAAUCUUUUUCCACCUCUCAAAUCGUUCUCUGGCACCCAACAUAAUUGUAGCUCAAUUUAAAAAAAUGUUCACUCGCGAGGAAACCGACAAGAGGGCGCGCGUACCGAUACGCGCGCUACGACUCACCGUCAUUGUUUUCACUACUUUUUACGUAUUUAGAUAAUAGGCGUGUAUCAUUACCGAAGCGUGAGUUAGACAAUGAUACCGAUAAAAAGGAGAGCGGGUUCAAUAUCGUAUGACCUUAGCAAGCCCACCCCUCUCUCUCCUCUUAUUGUAAAACCAACCCGUAAGAUGACUUAAAUUGCAAUUAGUUUAGAUCAUAAAGAAAAAAUAGAAAAAGAAAUUAAAACGAUCGACGCACGUCGACACGAAGAAGCGUCUGGGCCCAAAAUAAUAAAACUGACAGUCGACGCGUCAAACAGGCAACACACAACAUACAAGCGAAUAUUUCAUUUGUAUUUUCGUCUCAGGAACAGAGUUUUACUGAUAUGAUAAAAUUAGAUAUAAACAAUACUACAUACUAUCAGAAGUGUCGCUAUAGUGUUACCACUUUAUUAUUCAAUAAUAAUAAUAAUAAUAAUAAUAAUAAUAAUAA